GGAACAUUAGCUACUGCGUUCAAAAUGUAAUAGGCUCGGUAUGACGGCGUGGUGAGCAGGAAGUACAACGUUGCUCAUUGCACGAUAGAAAUUAGUUUAUGUGACAUCACUGGAUUAUUUAGAAACGGGCUGUUUGCAACGAUGUAAAAUCAUAUUUCGUUGUAGGGCGCUUUACAGAUUGCAAAUUGUAGAAUACGCACAGAUUUAAAUCGAUCACAUUUGGUGUGGUUUAAGUGAUGCUUAUAAAUAAAUUGCUUAUUCGAUUGUGCAAAAUUAGAUAUGCGUUCGCGCAGAUGUAAGUUAUGCGAUGCACAUGGGAACUUAUGCAUGGAUGAAGCUUUGUAUUUGGUCGUUGGAUGGCGGGAUGAGACGUAACGUUACCAUAUAUCUGUCAUACAUACAGUCAAGCACUUCAUUGUCCUUUUCCCAGAACUCAUUUGCAGAUGUCUUUUCAGCUUGCCCUUCAGAUUAUCAUCGUGUUUUGGUUUGCGGAGCCAUGUACCAGUUUCCAGUCAGAGGGUUGGAGAAGAUCCGUAGAACGAGAAGAAAAGUGAAAAAUAUUCUUGGAGAAUUUGGACUAGAAGAAUGUCUCAGUUUAGGCCAGGACCUCCAGGAAUUUUACCCAGGAGACAGUAUUUUUGAUGCCACAGACUGGAACAGUUUAUCUGAUGGAUUUGAUGGCCGGUGGAAAAAGAAGUGGGAUUAUCGCACCCAAGGACUAUGCUGCAGCUUGUGUCAGUUCUCUACCAGGUCCUGGCAUACUUAUAAAGUCCAUAUUCAGCGUUACCAUGAUGAAGAAGAGCGUCUGUGCAGGCUUUCAUCCUGUAAUUCCUGUCCAUUUAUAGCCCACCCCAGAGUUGUGUCCAAGCACCUCAGAUUGUUCCACAUUGAAGAGCCAAUAUUAGAACCGUCUGAGGUCCCCCAGUUCCCUCCAAAAGCUGUGAAUGGAUGUGUAUUCCAGUGUCGAAGAUGUCACAUGCAGGAUACCCUUUUGUACAGCGUGAAGAAGCAUGUUCUCCUUUACCAUUACUCGUCCACCUUGAAUAAAUAUGCAGGACAGAGAUCGGAGAGGGAACUCAUAGCCCUAGGAGACAUGUCUCAGAAAUACUACUGCAAAAGAUGUAUGGUGUCGGCUGAAACGUCGGAACACUUAAUUUAUCAUCUUUUAACUUCAGCGAAGCACAGGGAACUUGAUGUGCACAUCAGAUCUCUAAUACUCGAAACUGAAAGCAAAAAACAGUAUCCUGCUCUCGCACCAAAAACCCAAGGACCUCCUGCUGUCUUAAUGAUGAACGAUCAGCCAGGAGUGACCGCUACACUUGCUGCUGGUGGGAUUAAAGCGAUGGAAAAUGGCGGCUCUGCGGUCCUCGCUUCCUCUGGAACCAACCAAGCAUUUCUACCCACCCAAGCAUCUGCCCUAGUUCAGCUUGCGAGUGCUGAGGCGAAGGGCUUACUGAGGCCUGGAGUACCGAUGGCUUUUCAGAACACCCAAAUGGUGAGACCUGUAUCUGCUGGGCCUCCUGUGCCGAGUGGGAUUCCUUCCCAACAGAUGUCUGUUAAUUUUGGUGUCCCUAAUCAACCUCGUCAAAUCCUCCUUCCACCAGGUGUUCGCCUUAAUGUGCCAGCUGUUAGGCCAUCAGCACCUCAAUCCUUAAUUGUUACUCCAAGAUUCCCAGUAAAUCAACCCACCCCUGGAGGCACCAUGCUAACUUCUCAGUCCCUUUUGAGUCAUUUGGUCCCCACUGGCAACAAAGUCGAUGGCUUGCCCACCUACACUUUUGCACCUUUGCAGGUCUUAUCGGUCCAGGGAAAUAACGUGCAAGGAGUCAACAAACCACCAUUGCCCGUGUCCCAGAACAACCUACCUAUUCAGCAAAGCAAGCCAAACCCUGCUUUGCCGAUCCCCAAGCAAACCAAGAAAUGGAUCACGUGUCCAAUUUGUAAUGAACUUUUCCCGUCUGAUAUCUACGAGUCCCACCCGGAGGUUCACAAAGACUAUUCGAAAAUGCCCAAGCUUGGUCUGGCUGCCCGUGCUCCAUUUUUGAAAAAGAUGCCAGAUAAGACCGUGCAAUGCCUGACGUGUAAGAUCUUGAUAUCGGAAAGGGGCGUUUUUGAGCAUCUCCUCCAUGGCAUGAACUGCUUAUUUUGUACAGGGCUGUUUUACUCCAUCAAGCAGCUCGUCGACCAUAUGCAGUAUGAUCAUAAUAUGACCGAGAAGAGCAAUUGUGACUUCAUGAGGCGAGAAUACCGCCUUUACACCGAUGAAUCAGGGAAUCUACUUUUUCCCUAUUUCGACAUCAGGACCACAGCUCCUAAGUUAAUAAUGGGUGAACGAGAGCUCAAUCUCGCACUGGUCACCAGCUCCCUCGAUCUGAUCUUUCUGAAGAUGUUGCCCAACAAUCCUCAGGCUAUUUGCAAGAUCCCCACACCAAAUCCUGAUAACACAGAGUGCCCCUUUUGCACCGAGAAGCUUCCAAACAAAGAGUUGUAUCACAUGCAUCUCAAAGAAAAGCACUUCAUUGUGCCUACACUGCACGCUAUACUUAAAACCCCAUCGUACAGAUGCCUUUACUGUGGAGGUGUGUACACUGGAAAGACCACCACCAAGGCCAUCAUUGUCCAUUUAGCUAAAUGUCGCAGUGCACCCAAGGGUCUAAAAGAGGCUGAUAAAAUGAGUUCUGGAUUAGCUGUUACUCCUAGACCAAACAGAGCAAUAAUCUCAUACCCGACCCAUCCGAAACAGGUCAGCGGUCCGACCCCAGCUUCAGUCCAGCCUUCCGUUCCUGCCAUACAGCCACCAGAAACCGAAGCAGAGAUACAAAGCAAGUUGCGUCUGGAAAUCGCUUUCAAAGAAGCCAUGGAGGCAAACAGGAGAGAGCGAGAAGAAAGGUUGGCAAAGAAAAAGCAGCUGGAGAAAGAAAGAUUGGCUGCUCUUACUGUCCCCUCACCUGAGGUUAUUAUUGAUCCCUCCGUGAAGUUUGCAUUGGAUCCCUCCGGAAUGGAGUUGCGCUCCUUUGAAGAGCGACGUGAUUUUGUCAAUCGAUAUUUCAAUGUGCAGCCCUACCCGCUCAAGAAGGAGGUGGGUGCCCUGAGUAGCCGUUUACUGCUCAACAAAGGAGACGUAUCUUGCCAGUUCAGCAAGCACCGAACCAAAUGUAUGAAGACCUUACAGAAAAACAAGGCUGCGGUACUUUUAGGCUUUAAUAUGGCAGAACUGCUGAAAGUGAAUCACAAUCUUCUUAUCCCAGAGGUUGAGCCUGAGAAGGUGGCUAUCUCGACAGAAGCAGCAGAAACGGAGAUGGAGCAAGACUAGCUUCCCAACAGCCUAAACUUUUAGUUUGCAAAAUAUAAAUUCACACUAAAUCCAGUGUUAAAGAACUGUUAAACGAGUUAAAACUUGAGAGAAUGAAACAAGCAGAAGUAAUACUUGUUUUGGUUUGGCUGCUGUUAAGUAACGUGUGCGUAUGAAUACUUUUGUUUUACGUUUGUUUUAGCUCUUCAUAUUAAAACGUUUAAAAUAUGUUCUUUACUUUUCAGUUAGCCCUUACUUAGUGUUUAUUAACUUACAGAAGAAACUUGAUUUUGUAGCCUAGUUAUAGUUCUAGGGUUAAAAACUUUAAUGUUUGUGCAGUUACAACUUUUCUUGUUGCCAAAACAUCUGAACUUUUUUUGGACAUUUUCUUUAUAGUUUUUGGAAGCAUUUAGGGAAGUAACUCAUUUUCUUUUUAUGUUAGACCAUGUAUCUCUCUAUAGUAAUCUCUUCCAUGUAUUGUCAAAUAUUUUCUGUUCUGCCUUAUUCUUUUAUAAAUAUGAUAUUUAAAUAAUA